UACAUACAAUUAUUUAGUUUCAAGCAAAUUCUCAACUUAUAAGACACAGAAUUGCAACAGAAACUUGUCGUCAAAAACAUGUCAACUAAAUCAUCAGCGGAUUUGCGGACAGAAUUAGCAGAGCUUGUUAAGCGUAAAGCUGAAAUAGCGGACACGCUAGCAAAUUUAGAACGACAAAUAUACGCUUUUGAGGGAAGCUACCUUGAGGAUACGCAACUGUAUGGAAAUAUUAUACGAGGCUGGGAUCGUUACUUAGCAAGCAAUAAGAACACAAAUAGCAAGGCAGAUAAGCGGAACAGAAAGUUCAAAGAAGCGGAACGGCUCUUCUCCAAAUCGUCAAUCACAUCUGUUGCUGCUGUAAAUGGAAUACUGGAAAAUACGCAAGACAAAAUUGAGCGAUACAGCGAGUCAGAAUCUCAAGUUGGUAACAGCGGAAGCGAGGACAAUUGCAGCUUUACAAAUUCAGUUCUAACGGCAGGCAAUAACAAAGAAACAAGUGGAAAAAAUCACACGUUGCUUCAAACGAGUUAUUCUCAGAAUAAUGGUACUCUAAAUAAUGCAGACAACAGUAACGUUCAGUUUACUAAUGGGCCGAUAUCUAAUGGCAGUAUAGAUCAUGUAACUACUCCAAUCAAGGACAACCAUACCAAUAGUAAAGAUUCUCACAAGAAUAGAUCCUCUUCAAGCAGUGCAAAAAAAAGUAAUAAUAAACGGUCCAGGCACAGAUGAAGUCUAUAGCACUUGAAGGACGGUUCAUACUUUGCAGGUCAAAAUAAUGACACAACAAAAUAAAAAACGAACAAAAAGAUGACAAACAUGUUUCGGAGCUUUUCAUGGAGAAUUUCAUCCCUCAUAUAUGUAUAUAACCAACUAAUAUUAGUAUAAUUAAUUUCAACAUUGUGCAGUGAAUUUUUUUCUUCCUGUCUUCGAUUCAACAUAUGUGUACGUAUAAUGUAUUCGAAAAACGCGUAUUUUCAGUAUAAUUAAUAUUUCAAAAGGAGUGGUGUAUCAAUGUCUGACUAAAUAUUUCUAGCAUCAUCUUGUAAUGUGAUGAAUUUAAUAAAAUGGAUUCAUGGAUUAUAUAUA